CUGUCCACCGCCUUCCACCACUACUUCAGCAAGGCCGACCACUUCCGCCUGGGCUCGGUGCUCGUCAUGCUGCUGCAGCAGCCCGACCUGCUGCCCAGCGCGGCGCAGCGCCUCACCGCGCUCUACCUGCUGUGGGAGAUGUACCGCACCGAGCCGCUCGCCGCCAACCCCUUCGCCGCCAGCUUCGCGCACCUGCUCAACCCCGCGCCGCCCGCCCGCGGCGGCCAGGAGCCCGACCGGCCACCGCUCUCAGGAUUUUUACCUCCUAUAACUCCACCAGAAAAGUUUUUUCUUUCCCAGCUGAUGCUGGCACCCCCAAGGGAACUCUUCAAAAAGACGCCUCGCCAGAUUGCAUUGAUGGACGUCGGAAACAUGGGCCAGUCUGUGGACAUUAGUGGACUUCAGUUAGCCUUGGCUGAACGCCAGUCUGAAUUGCCAACCCAGAGUAAAGCUAGCUUUCCUAGUAUUCUCAGUGACCCAGACCCAGAUUCUUCUAAUUCCGGAUUUGACAGUUCAGUUGCCUCUCAGAUCACGGAAGCUUUAGUCAGUGGACCAAAACCACCUAUUGAAAGCCAUUUUCGGCCAGAGUUUAUUCGUCCACCACCUCCCCUCCACAUUUGUGAGGACGAACUGGCUUGGCUGAAUCCCACGGAGCCUGACCAUGCGAUCCAGUGGGAUAAGUCCAUGUGUGUCAAGAACAGCACUGGUGUGGAGAUCAAGCGAAUCAUGGCCAAAGCCUUCAAAAGCCCCUUAUCUUCUCCACAGCAAACACAGCUCCUUGGUGAGUUGGAAAAAGACCCCAAACUUGUUUAUCAUAUUGGCCUCACUCCAGCCAAACUUCCUGACCUCGUGGAAAACAACCCUCUAGUGGCUAUAGAAAUGUUGCUGAAAUUAAUGCAGUCGAGCCAGAUCACUGAGUAUUUCUCUGUCCUGGUCAAUAUGGACAUGUCCUUACACUCGAUGGAAGUUGUGAAUCGACUAACUACAGCUGUUGAUCUACCUCCUGAAUUUAUUCAUCUUUAUAUAUCAAAUUGUAUCUCUACUUGUGAACAAAUCAAGGAUAAAUAUAUGCAGAAUCGUUUGGUGCGUCUUGUAUGUGUCUUUCUCCAAUCCUUGAUCCGUAACAAAAUUAUUAAUGUGCAGGACUUGUUUAUAGAAGUGCAGGCAUUCUGUAUUGAAUUCAGUAGGAUACGAGAAGCUGCUGGCCUUUUCCGGUUGUUGAAGACAUUGGAUACUGGGGAAACACCUUCGGAGACCAAAAUGUCAAAAUAAUACCUCAUCAGAACCACCCCAUUCAUUCAGCUGUACUGUGAUUUAGUUUUUAAAACUCUUAAAACCCUGAAUGGAUUACUUGUCCUAAUGUAUAUAAAUAACACUUUAUCUACUAAAAGCAA